AUGCCUCCGAUACCUUCUCACCGGCACUCCGUGACCGAAGAGACCCCCUCUCUCUCCGAUAAUGACGUCGGUUUCCUCUACCAAGUUGUCAGUCGCGCCGAGGGGAAACCUGAGGUCGAGCAACUCCCGUUCCGAGCGCUUUUCGCGGCAUACGACGAGGUUGUUAAGGAACAUGGUCCCAGCGCAGACCCAGGCCAUGCGUGCCUGCGCUUUCUGUUCAAGAUGGGAAGCAAAGGUGUCGAGGGUGCUACCCUAUUCGACAAGUUCGAGAAUGCGCUGCAACGUAUGGGAAUUGUGAUGGAGUUUGGAGAGGAUCCCUCGACGGAACUCAACGAAACGCAAGAGAGUGAGCACCCUCCGGUCAACGGCGUACGCACACAACCUACAGAUACCGACCUGUUUCCUACCCCGAAUGGAACGCCGAUCACCCCAAGGAGACGUGCAUCCUUCAAUACUACGGUUGAUAUAGGUGAUGAUGCGACACAAAGAAGUUUGAUUGAGCGCCCGAGCUCACGCUCAUCAAUGUCACGCCUGCAGAUCGGGAAAGCUGAGUUCUCGAAGCCAAAGCAGUCACCAAAACCGAAGCCCCCAAACGGCGCACCGAAAUCACCAGAUCGAACACACUUGAUUGCACAAUUUCUAGAUGUUGGGCGCCGCUUGAUAAGCAGACUUGACUCUGUACAACAUAAAGAUGUGGACACUGAAGGGAAGCCAUUAACCAACGGAGCGGUAGCGCGAUCAGCUGUUGACCACGACCGCUCGAAGAGAAUGACAACUUCCAAAAAACCUCGACGUUCACCCUCGAUCACCUCUUCCGACAGCUUUGCAUCGGGAGAAUCAAAGUUUGUUCCCCCGCAGCCCGCAGAGCAUGACGAAUUCGAACAAGUGGAGGCACCACCGGAGCUUCUAUAUCGGCCUCAACUAUCGGACCUGCUUCGGGACGCGUCUACCUUCAACAUGUACCGACAGCGAGCAAUAUGCCGCCGCAUCCUGACCCAAUGGCUCAAGCGAGCAUUCCGAAACCGACAGAUCCGUGAAACCAGGGAGACCCUUGCGAUCAACCAUGACCGAAACACCCUGCUCCGACAAGCAUUUGAACCUUGGCGCGCAAUAAUUCAAGAUAAGCGCCACACCGCUAGGACUGAGCGCUUCUUCAAACAUCUUGAAGAGCGUUCUAGCUGUGCGCGUGAUUUGUACCUAAUGACAAAAGCCUUUACCCACUGGGCUCAGCUGACGUCUGAAGAGGUCGCCCGUACAUCCGCUGCUCGGCAGCAUGUUCUGAGUAUUAAGUAUUUCAAUGCCUGGCGCGAAAUAACCGCAGUCAAUGAAUUGAAAGCACAGCGUUUCGCGCUUCGAAAGCCUUUCAGCAAAUGGCGAAAGAGGAUCUCAGAUCUCAAAGCAGCAGAAUCUCAAGCGGUCACAGUUCACAACGCUCAUCUACGGAAUGCCUCGUAUUGGCAAUGGUUUUGGGGCUUCUGUGAACGGCGAGCGCCUGAAUGGUACGAUCAUCGUCUUAAAAGACGAUCCCUCUUGUACUGGCUUCGGAGCUUCCGGACCAACCGAGAGCGCGACCAUGAAAUCAACAUCCACUGCAGACGCUCCGCCCUAGGCUCCGCGCUUCGAGUAUGGUCUCGAAGGUCGAAGGAAAUUGCUUCUGCACAACAGAAAGCCGAUAAUUCUCAACAUUUCCAGGCCUUGAGCAAGACAUUUAAAGAUUGGAAGAUUCAAGCUCGACUGGCUCCCGCUGCUUCUCAAGUAUCUGGCAUGGUGAACGGCAGAAUCCUUCAGAAUGCCCUCUCGAGAUGGGUUUUCAAGGCCCGCAUGGCAGACCAGGCAGAGAAGAUGAACCGACUCAGAGCCGAACGCAAUGCUUGGACGUCCUGGAACGACACCCUUCGAUGUUUGGCGCUCCGUGCCCGAAUUGAUGAGCGGUUGAAGAUGGAGACUUUGUACAAGUGGAUCUUGACAGAGAGAUUCCAGUUGAUGCGCAGGAUACACGAGCAGCGUAUCAAGCGCGAAGUGUUUACUCGUUUUGUGACUAAUACCCGGGACACGUACACCCGAUUACUUUUCCAUGCCGAGAAUCAUGAAGACCAUCGAUCAGAAGACUUAGUGAGGGCUAAGUUCACCCUCUGGCGGGAGCAGGUUCGACUUCAGCGCGAGCGAGAAUACACAGCAUUUGAAUUUUAUGCUCCACGCCUCGCACAAGAGUCUCUUAUGGCUUGGAGGUCGAAACGGGAGCAAAUAGCCAAAUUGGAGGCAUGGGCUCGCAAUGCGGACUUCUACUUUUUGAUGAAAAAGUCGCUUAAGCCAUAUGCGAUGAUCCGACGGAAGAUCAAGAUCAGCCUGGCUUCCAAGGCAAUAUCAACUUGGUCAAUGCAGACACAAAGGAUAAUGAGCAUGGAACAACAGGCAGUAGCCAUGAACCGUGAAAAAGUGCUCCGCCUUGUCUCUGAACUUUUUGCUCGAUGGCACGAAAAAACGCUCCAGAGAGCCCAGGAUUGCCAAGAUGCGGACUGGAACUACUUCCGCGAGAUUGCCUUCAAUCAGUUGAUCCAAAUGUCCGAGACCUAUGUGAUACGUCGGGAAAUGGAAGACACUGCAGACUCAAUGUACCGCUCACAUGUCCUCCGCAACGCGGGUGCCUUAUUCCGCAAGCUCAGCCUUCGUGUUUUCCAACUGAGCAACACCGCUGAGACUGCGGAGGCAAUGCGUGAAAGAACACUUCGAAGGCACGCAAGAAAUUUAUUACGAGAUUGGGUGGAACAAGCGCGACUCAAACUCGAGGCUCGAGAUUCUCUUGGCCCUGCCCUGACUCCCGCUCGAUUUCCGGGCCCUCCUACUAUGACACCUGCUCGAUCCUCGAACUUUGGAGGCGCUGAUGGCGGAUCAGCUCUAUUCGAUCCGUGGAUUCAGAAUCCGUCUGAGACCCCCUUCAAGCUAACCGACUUCACGAUGACUUCACAAGAGCCGGCCUCUGCAACUCCACUUACCACACCGAACUACAUGAACUCGCCAUCUAAGCGAGCAGCUCGUGCCCGAGCACUCGCGCAGAUGUCUACCACCCCUGCUACACCUCUUCAUACUCCAUUCGCCCGUCGACUCCUCCGUGCAUCUGCCUCGACCUCCCAAAUAGCAUCUUCCAUGCGACCACGCACAGGUCGCAGAAGCUCGAUGGGCACGAGCGUUCGAUUCGUGGACGACGAGCUUCCCGAGUCUCCCACAGACGGGCGCAAAUCAGCGAAUCGACGACCCUAA